CGAGGACAAUGACAUCAGAUCUAUCCAUACCCAGAUCAUCAAAUAAACUAAACAAUUGUACAUAGUUUACAUGUUCAAACUUGUGAAUCUAUAACAUAACUUGCUGAUCCAAAUAAUACUCAAAUCUCCUCUGAUGAUUCCAUUAACACUCACCCUUUUUUUCCUCCUAAUUCUUGAGCUAUCAUCUUCAACCGAAAUCUCCAUAUCUUUCUCCCCGAAAAAGCUCUUUAAAUCGGGUGACCCGGUUACAAUCAAAUGGUCCGGAAUCGACUCACCUUCUCAACUCGACUGGCUCGGUAUCUACUCCCCACCCAACUCUGAAUCACCCCACUUUAUCGGCUACUUCUUUCUGUCCAACUCAUCCAAUUGGCAAUCCGGGUCGGGUCAAAUCACCUUCCCGGUUGUUAAUCUCCGGUCAAAUUAUCAGUUUCGGAUCUUUAGAUGGGAUGAAUCCGAAGUUGACCCGACCCAGCAGGACCAGGACCAUAACCCAUUACCUGGAACGAAGCAUCUGUUGGGCAAGUCAGAGGAGUUGGAGUUUGAGUCGGGUCGGGGCCCUGAACAGGUUCAUUUGGCUUUGACGGGUAAUGAGGGUGAAAUGAGGGUGAUGUUUGUGACUGGUGAUGGGAAGGAGAGUUUUGUGAGAUAUGGGUCGGGUCAAAAUAGGUUGGAUAUGGUUGUGGGUACGCGGGUUAUGAGGUAUGAGAGGGAACAUAUGUGUGAUUCUCCGGCAAAUACAAGUAUUGGGUGGAGGGAUCCCGGGUAUAUACACGACGGGGUUAUGAAAAAUUUGAAGAAAGGGAUUAAGUAUUACUAUAAGGUGGGUAGCGACUCCGCGGGUUGGAGCACUACUUACAACUUUGUUUCUCACGAUGGAGGCCUGAAUGAAACAACAGCUUUCUUGUUUGGCGAUAUGGGUGCUGCAACACCAUACUCCACCUUUCUCCGUACACAGGAAGAAAGCAUAUCAACCCUAAAAUGGAUUCAUCGUGAUAUUGAAGCACUUGGUGACAAGCCUACUUUCAUCUCCCACAUUGGAGAUAUUAGCUAUGCUAGAGGGUACGCAUGGUUGUGGGACACCUUUUUUAAUCAGAUUGAGCCGGUUGCCUCCAAAGUCCCUUACCAAGUGUGCAUUGGUAAUCAUGAAUAUGAUUGGCCAUUACAGCCUUGGAAACCUGACUGGGCUAGCUCUGUUUAUAAGACAGACGGGGGUGGAGAAUGUGGGGUACCCUACAGUCUUAGGUUCAAUAUGCCUGGAAACUCUUCAGAAUUAACAGCAACAAGUGCUCCUGCAACACGAAACUUGUAUUACUCAUUUGAUGUAGGUGUUGUGCAUUUCGUAUAUAUGUCUACAGAAACCAAUUUCCUAGAGGGGAGCAGCCAACAUAGCUUUUUAAAAAAUGACUUGGAAUCAGUUGACAGAAGCAAGACCCCGUUUGUGGUCGUCCAAGGACAUAGACCAAUGUACACAACAAGCAAUGAGAUCAGAGAUGCUCCUUUAAGAAAGAAGAUGCUUGAGCAUCUGGAGCCUCUGUUUGUGAAAAAUAAGGUAACCCUUGCAUUAUGGGGUCACGUACAUAGGUACGAAAGGUUUUGUCCAAUAAAUAAUUUUACUUGUGGAGUGGAAGCAUUACCCGUGCAUGUCGUUAUAGGAAUGGCAGGUCAAGACUGGCAACCUAUAUGGGAACCAAGACCAGAUCACCCUACUGACCCUGUUUUCCCACAACCUAAAUGGUCAAUGUAUCGUACUGGAGAAUUUGGGUACACUAGACUUCAUGCAACAAAAGAAAAGCUAACACUUUCCUUUGUAGGAAAUCAUGAUGGCAAGGUACAUGAUGUGGUAGAUAUUCUGGCAUCUGGUCAAGUUGCUGGCUAUGAAAAUGGCUAUAAUGAUCACUUUCCAAAUGGUCAUGUUUCUAAAGUAAGGGUCAACGAUAAUAUUUCUAAAUCAAGGGUUCAGGCGCGAUACUCAGGAUCUUGGUAUGUUGUCGGAACUGUUGUACUGGUGGUGGGGGUUCUUAUUGGAUAUGUUCUUGGGUUCAUAUCACAUUCUAGAAGAGAGAUUGCAUCACUUAAUAAAUGGACUCCAGUGAAAAGUGAAGAAACUUGAAUUCCACAUCAAUUGCAGAGAGGAUGAUUUAAUUAAAAAUUUUGUACAUAUAAAAUAUAAGAUUCUUCCUGCUAGACAACUCCCUCCAGCAGUACUGAUUAAAUCAGCCGAGCCUGCUAGACUCUCAACUCCCUUCAGCAGUACUGACUAAAUCAGCCGAGAUGGGGCUUCUUUUUAUAUAUUUUGACUUUAUUUAUGACAGACCACGUAAAUGUGUUGUAAAAUAUUGUUGCUCUUGAUAGAAUUAUAGAAUAAUUAGAAUUGUAUGAAUAACUAUAUGUAAUGUUUUAUGUGACAUUUUGAAGUAUUCAUUUGUUA